CAUUAAAACCACAUUACUUAUCAAUUAUCAAAGCAAGUAAAUGCCUUGAUUUCAGCGUAAACAUUGCUACAGAGUUCAUAUAAAGUUAGCGAGAACAUUAAAUCGAUUACCAUAAUAUGUGAUCUUGUCUUUCGCUCAGUCAUCAAUCAUCCAGUCUACUGUAUAAAACGAUCGGCGAUGUGUACUAACUUUUGGAGCGUUCUGUAGACAACGUGAGAGUAUUAAAGGUAUAGGGACCCUUUCACGUGUCAGUCUCCGGAAUAAAGCAGCAUAACCUGCACCAUAUUUCGACAAUAUUUGCAAGGAAAUUAUUCGACAUAUGUUAACAAAAUGGAACAAAAUAAUCUGUCCACAAGGUACCAGAAUUUAUUGACUGUGGACAGUGGGUCUUAUGGACGAAGGCGGAACUCUGCGACACUUUUGACGCCCGGAGUGUCGGGUUCCCUUCUGCAAGUUCGCCAAAAUGCUCCUCGAAGAAACAGUAUGCCGGAAAAUGUUUACAUGAACUGUGACAAUUCAUUCGAUUUGGAACGAGUCAGAUCUUUUCAAAUGACAAAAUCUGGCAUUAUGAACAGAGGUGAUCGGAUCCGCCGAAAAAGCACAACGAGUAUUAGUUCCGGCGGAAGUAACAUUAGUGGAGCAAGUUACCAAAAUCUGGCAUCUCCUCAUCCUUUAGAAAUCUGUGAUAAUAUAGGGGAUUUGAACGAUCCGGAAUAUUUUUCUGUUGCAAUAAUAGGAGCUCAUGGUGUUGGUAAAAAGACUUUGAAAACACAGUUCAUGACGUCAGAGGCCAUCUGCACGAGCGACACUUCUAUAGAUGCUGACAGCGAGGAAACCACGGUCCCUGUGAAAUUAGAUGAGGAAGAAUCCCAUAUCAGAAUAAUUGAAGUACCCGAUCUAAAGUCCAUUGAAGACUUACCGGAUGUGGACGCCAUCUUAGUGGUGUAUUCCGUGGAUGACGAGCAGUCGUUUAACGAGGCAGUUCAGAACAUUCAGUUCAUAAGGAAAGAAGUGGUAAACAAACAAGCCAUCAUACUAGUGGCUAACAAAGCCGAUCUGGAGAGGCGAAGAGUGGUCUCUGAAAAAGAUGCCAGAGCUGUGUCCGACCGUUACCAUUGUAAGUACGUUGAGAUAUCCGUGGUGUUGAACCACAACGUUGAUGAACUGUUGGUAGGUAUUGUCCGACAGGUGCGACUGAGAAGAAACUCCAUUGAACUUCAAGUUCCCAUGUUGGCUCCGAGAAAAAUGUCUAAAUCAUUCUCCUCCAAAACCAAGUCAUUCUUGUGCAAGUUGUUCCGAGUGGGACAGAAAGAUCAUUCAUCUAGUGAUUUAUACGACUUGUGAUUUAUAUAUCCAAAAGAUUGGUAGAAAUGUAGAUUUGAGCAACGUUACAGCCAGUGGAAGGAUCAGACAAAAAUGGCUACUUUGAAGAGAAAGUUUCAGAGGGCUAGAGGUUUUGCUAGAUGUGUGUUAUAAGUAGCCAAUACCAAGCAGUGAUUGCAGGUGAAGCUUUCUUUAGAUUAUGAUGGAAGAGCGACCGUGCUCGUGAGUUUCACGACAAAAUCCUUUAACGUUGGGGUGAAUUGACACCGGAUGUUUUAUCUUCUACUUCCUCAUCCUCAGCGUCUUGGAGAUGAAGAGAGGAUCCAAUGCUAGUCAGCGACUAACGUUUGUUUUAUAAUAUUCUGUUAGAAACUGUUAAUUGAAAUACGUUUACUAAUAAAAGCUUGAUGAAAUACUGCCGAUUAAUCGGAGAUGUAAAACUACAUGUAUGCUCAGCGUUUAUAAAAAAAAUUAAGCAUCAUGUUUGCAUGUAUUUUGGAACCAUUUGUUUUUAAUUUAUAUAAAAAUCGACACAAGUUGUAUUGAUAUUGAAACUGAUGCGAUUGAAGUUGUGUCCAUUUUGUUAAAUUAUCCUACAAAGAAGUGCACUGUAUUUACGUCUAAGAAUACACUGUUUAUACGCGUUAAUUCAAAUCACUAAACACGUGAAGUGUGUUUUUUCUUCAAGAAAAUUGGAUAUAUUUCAAACCUAUUUGUAAACAACGUGCCGAAAAUACUACUUAUACUAGAAACUCCAUGAAUUUACUGCAUUAAUGUGUAUAUAUGUUAUUGUAAGAGACAAUUAUGAUAGUACAUGUAAAACACAUUCACUGAUUUUUUAUUAUCAUACCUCGAAAGUUUGAUAGGUUUAUUUAAUCAUUUGACAGGAAAGGGUAAACAUCGUAUUUUCCCAGAAAUAAUCAAAGUACAAAAAGUAGCCCUGGGAGUGGAACUUUUCAAAAUUUUAAAGAAAAAAAAAAUCUUUAAAAAAAUCUUACACAUGUACAUCAAAGCAAUGCUGCUGUUUUUAAAUUCAAUAUAGAUUUAUUUUCACUUAAUUUGUGUAUUUAAUAUUGGUUCAAUAAAUCUAUAUAUUUUAUUUAUUUACCUGAAUACCAUAUUCAGAUGCUUGUCUUAUGUACAAUUUUUUGUAUUAUUCCUUUAAAUCCUCUAUUCACCGAUGAACACACCCAUAACAUGCCUAUGUGCAAGUUAAGAUAAUGAUGGCCGUUCCAUAAUACUUGUGAAAAUUAAAGCUGUAUAGUUUAUUUUAUCUAUAAACACAAAUGAAAUUUUGUGAAUCUUUUAUUUGAUACAUUUCUGUUUUAUAUGAUUCUGUUUACAGUUAAUCAAAUAAAGCUCUUUGUCUUGG